GCGAGGAUAAUUCUCAACACACGGAUAUCCCUCCUGACCCUGAGUUAAAUGUUUUUUGUUCAACUUUCUCACGUGGAAUUGGAGGAUUUGGUUAUCCAGCUCGCUUCAGGAUUAUAACCACCCGUGCGCACCGAGGGUAUAAAUACUGAAGGUGCGCCACUCUCUGCUCAGUCUUCACGCGCAGUCCUGUUACGCACGGAUCCGGCUUUUAGAAGAGGAUAUACUCGCGUUAAAGCAGAGAGCAGUAGGAAAGUCAGACAGUUUCUUUCGCUUUACUUUAAAACCUUGUGCAUAAAAAAGACCAUGUCAGUAUUGAGCGCAGUGCCGUUCAUGAGGCCGCUCCAUAUGCGCUCUCAGGCGUCGCAGGGCCGCCGCCACACGCUGCCGGCCAGCGAGUUUCGCUCCCUCAGCCCGGAGGAUGCUAUCAGUGUGUUCGAGAUUGAGAGAGAAGCCUUCAUCUCAGUGUCCGGUGAGUGUCCUCUCCACCUGGACGAGGUGCGUCACUUCCUGACCUUGUGCCCCGAGCUGUCUCUUGGCUGGUUCGAGGAGGGACGUCUGGUGGCUUUCAUCAUCGGCUCACUGUGGGACCAGGAGAGGCUUACCACGGAUGCCCUCACUCUCCAUAAGCCUCACGGGAGCACCGUCCACAUCCACGUCCUAGCUGUCCACCGGACCUUCCGCCAGCAGGGCAAAGGCUCCAUCCUGAUGUGGCGCUACCUGCAGUACCUCCGCUGUCUGCCCUACGUCCGCCGCGCCGUGCUCAUGUGUGAAGACUUCCUGGUACCCUUCUACCGGAAGUCAGGUUUCAAGGUGCGGGGCCCCAGUGAGAUCACGGUGGGCCCCCUCGCCUUCAUCGAGAUGUUGUACCCAGUCAGGGGCCACGCCUUCAUGCGUCGUAACAGUGGUUGUUGAGGACAGAGGGGUUUAAUGUGGAUUUGCCCUGGCUGUCAGUGGUGGUGGGACCACUCCCCUCUUGGAAAAAGAAUUCGGGGACGUCCGAGCAGCUAUGUCGUACACGAGUGACCAGCGCAGUGUUUGUGAUCCUCACUGUGAGUGAGACUGGUUCAGCAGGCGGCGAGGUGUGUGUUCUGACUGUGAGUCUGCAGACAGACGAGAAGAAAGAGCUGCCAUCCAGCUGCCAACAACAGCUGUUUGUAAAAGUGGUUGAAAACUACAAAUAUAUUGAUCUGUAGUUUAAUGAGUAAAACAAAAAAUUAAAAAAAUCCUAAAGAAUGUAAGCAGUUAUUCCCAGCUGCCUUGUUUCUUUCUUUGCCCUCUUUUUUAUAUUUAACCAAUCUAACAUUGUUUCUGGCUCUCUAUGAAGCCAAAAAGGACAUUUCUUCAGUCAAUAAAAGUAGUAUCUGCCCAUUAUUAAUGCAUUCAUCCUGUAUAGUUUUGUAUAAACAGCCUGCCUUUCACAGCAGCAUUAGAAUAUUAUGAUUUUUGUUUCACUUUGUAACUAAUGAUGAUGAGGGUACGACUAUAAAUAUGCCAAAGUAACAGCUAAUCCUAAAAUAAAUAUGGAAUGAAAAUACAAAGGGAUAUCCGCAAUCAAUCAGAUAAGUCAUUAACUUGAACAUGCUUAUCUGUUUUAUAUUAAGAUUUGAGUGGCCCUGUCUGUCUCCAUCAGUGACUGUUGUAUGUACUUUACACAUGAAAUCAUCAAUAAGUAUAUUUUCCUAAAUAUAUGUGCUUUCAAAAAUUCUCCUUGAUAGUCUCCUCUAACCUUUCCCCUUGUAGACAAUCACCACCUCUGCCUA